AAGAGAGAAGUACUAUGCCAACCUCAUAUACCAGGCAGCUGUCUGUGUGCCAGUCUUUCAGCCUUGUGGUUCUGCUGCUUUUCCCGGUUGUCCCGUUCUCUCAUCCCGCUCAGUGGGGAAAUGCGGGGCAGCCCCAUCGAACCCGACGUCAGCUGUUGUUUAUGAAUGAGUGGGCGCCCUGGAGCGGCUGGUCUGCAUGCUCGCGUUCGUGUGGGGGAGGUGCGGCCACUCGCACACGCACCUGCAUCACCAGGAACCUUGUUGGAGGGCCAUGUUCAGGAGAUGGGAGACAAUAUAAGAUCUGCAACACAAAGGAGUGUGCAGUCGGCUCCAUGGAUUUCAGAGAAUUCCAGUGUAAGGCCUUUGAUAAUCGACCGCUUGUAGCCGGCAGUAAUUACCAGUGGACAACUUUCCACGGAGGUUCUAACCCCUGUGAUCUAAGUUGCCUUGCACUGGGGCACAAUUUCUACUACAACUUUGGGCGCGUUCUAGACGGCACACCCUGCCAAACUGAGCCCGGUGGUGUUUGUGUUAAUGGUCGUUGUCUGAAGCCAGGCUGUGACCUGAUCCUGGGCUCUGAACAGCAGGAAGACGCCUGCAUGGUGUGUGGUGGGGAUAACAGCACCUGUCUCUAUCACCACAGUGUAUACCAGAUCAACGAACAGGAUGCUGGACCUCUGGGGUACAAUGAAGUCACCAUGAUCCCGGCUGGAGCCACUCAUAUCCGAGUUACUGACAACAGUAGGAACUAUCUGGCCCUCCAGAAUGGCCGCUCUCAGUUUGUCAUUAAUGGAAACUGGAAGAUCAGUGUUCCCGGGGAGUACAGUGUAGCCGGGACAAAGCUUGUGUAUCGGCGCUCUGCUGAUAUGUGGGAAAGUUUUGAGGUUCCGGGCCCCACGCAGGAAGACCUACACAUCAUGGUGUUGUCCACUGAUAAAAACUCAGGCAUAGAAUAUGAGUACUGGCUUCCUCCAGACCGAUAUGCCCUGUAUCAUGGGAGAAGAGGCCAACUUAGGCAGCCUCACCAUACCUCAAGCUUUCUACCAUGGGAGCUACCUACUACCACUACAACCACAACCACAACUACGAGUAGACGUCCUCCUGUUACUACUCAACCCUACUGGGGUGAGUACAGUGGCUGGCCAAUCAGACGCUCUCAGCACCAGCAGCAGCAGCAGCAGCAGCAGCAGCAGCAGCAGCCUUUACCUCGCCUGGAGAGAGAUGAAAACCGCAGGAACCAGCUCCCUCAAUUGAACCGUGCAGGUCAAUGUGGGAAAUGCAGGAGGGCUCGGGGUCGAGGAGAGCGGCAGAGACAGUAUUGCGAGAAAGACUUUGUUUUCAGGGCCAAAAUCCUUGGGAAGGUGUACCUUGGUGAAGAGACCCGUUACGACAUUCAGAUCAUCCACACUUACCGUAACCGUUUCCACCUGGAACACCGUGAGUUCCUGUGGGCGCCCAAUGUUUGUGACUGCCCCCCAUUAGAAGAGGGUCAUCAAUACGUUUUGAUGGUCCGACGGCACAUUAAUUACGAGCAUACCCUCAAUCGCAUUUUGCUAGAGGAGGACAGCUAUGCCCAACCUUACCGGCCCCGGGAGGAUUCUCUUUUACGCCCCCUAGAGGAGCUUUGCAGCAAUAAGGGGCCCAGGAUUGCUGGCAGACCCAGAGGUUAG